AUGCGUCAAGGCGGACGUGUCUGCGCCGUUGCCGUGCCGUCGCUGUUGCUGCCACUUUGUGUGUUUGUUUCUCGUCAUUUUUUCUCCACGAGUAGAGGAUCUCAAAUGACACACUGCGCCUCUCGCGCGGAGGCGGACGGCUCAAAAGACGUUGGCGACACCGCGUGGCGAAAGCGACUGACACCAGUACAAUUUCACAUUCUACGAGAGAAGGGCACUGACCCGCGUUAUGGGCCGUACGACAGUUACUCUGCACCUGGCGAUUAUUUGUGUGCCGCAUGUGGCACGCGGCUGUACACGUCGGAGAUGAAAUUUCUUUGCAGCUGCGGCUGGCCAGCGUUUUGGGACUGCGUGCCGGGUGCGGUACGAGAGGAGCCUGACAGUGACGGGAUUCGCACGGAGAUUUUGUGCAACGCAUGUAACAGUCACUUGGGCCACGUCUUCCGCGGUGAGGGGUUCCACAACCCACCGCCGAAUGAGCGACACUGCGUAAACAACACCUCCCUCCAAUUUCAGCCGCGACAGUGA